CUGCGAGAGCUGGAGAUGUCGGUGCCCGUGUCCCGCGCCUGCAGUGAGCGGCCCUGUUCAUAAAAAGGAACCUGGACCGGCACUCCCCGGGGCUGAAUCGGUAUCCGUACAUGUCGCGGGGCCAGGCAUUCCAGAGAUGCAGCUCUUCUGCGAAUCUGAGGCCGGCUCGAGGGUCCUGGGGCUCCCAGCGAGGCUGCUGCUCUGACGUCCGCGGAAACAGGCCCUGACCCCGCUGGCGAUGAAGAGUGACUCCGCGAGCCCUGCGGCCGCCCUCGGCGGGCUGUGGGGGCCGCGGAGGAGCAGCGAGCCCGCUCCCGCCGCCCCCGCCGCCGCCGCCCUGCUGGAGGACGCCGCAGACCUCCUGGUGGUGCACCUGGACUUCCGCGCCGCGCUGCGCACCUGCGAGCGCGCCUGGCGGAGCUUGGCCGGCGACCAGGCGGCAGCCUCCUUGGAGGUGAAAGGCUCCCUUUGUGUUGUGGGGAUCCAGGCCCUGGCAGAAAUGAAUCGGUGGCGGGAAGUCCUGUCCUGGGUUCUUCAGUAUUACCAGGUCCCUGAAAAGCUACCCCCCAAAGUCCUGGAACUAUGUGUUCUUUUAUACAGCAAAAUGCAGGAGCCUGGAGCUGUGCUGGAAGUGGUCAGUGCCUGGCUGCGAGACCCAGACAAUCAAGGCCUUCCAGAAUACAGAGCCUUGGCAGAACUUCACCUGCAGCGGGUGCUCCUGCCUCUCGGCUGCUUGUCAGAGGCUGAGGAGCUAGUGGUGGGCUCUGCAGCCUUCAGUGAGGAAGAGCGGUUGGAUGUACUUCAGGACAUUAGGAAGGCAAAGCAACAGCAGAAACACCAACACUUGGGCUCUGAGGAGGCCCAGAAGUUGAACCAGGAAGGCUCCUUCUCCCACAAGUUCCUGUCACUAAUGAUGUUGUUUCGCCGGCUUUGGGAUUCUGUAGUGAGCCACUUCUUCUCCAUGCCCUUCAAAAAGAGCCUCCUGGCUGCCUUGAUCCUCUGCCUCUUGGUGGUGAGGUUUGAUCCAGCUUCUCCUUCUUCCUUGCCCUUCCUCUACAAGCUGGCUCAGCUCUUCCAUCGGAUUCAGGAGGGCAUGUUUUCUCUCUACCGGCUUCCUGUCCACGACUGAGUGGUCUUUCCCAUUCCACUCACCAUCUCUACUCUCCAAGUCUGCCAGGACAGAAGCAGAGUAACUCAUCAGUGGCAGCUCUCCUGUUUUUGGCUGGGUGCUAGUGGGAAUGGGGCCAGCCCCAAUUCUAGAAAGAGGUGAUCCAGUCUGGUGAACUGUGUUUUGCCACCUGAAUGUUCUCCCCUUUGCACCCCACUUUGGCUGGUGUUGGUAGGUAAUGUGGGAACAAAGUGGGGCCAGAGGCCACAAAUCCUCCAGAAUAAUACUCCCUUAUACCCAGAGGCCCCUCCUAAAGGAGGAGUUUGGGAGAGGAGCGUGUCCAUGAAAUAUUCCAUCUUCUUGUCAAAGGCAAGGGGUUGAUUUCUCAGGUCAGGGUGUUAAUGAGGCUGGAAGUACAGAAAACUCUGAUGGAAUGACCCUUGGCCUUUCACUUCCUUCAAAAAGUUACCUCUGAAAAUUGCCUCACAAGGCAGGUACUUAAUUAGGCAGAGUAAAGAUCUGAGAGGGCCUCUUAAUUCUUCUCUAUGCUCCUCUCCACUGGAUCUGUGGACAGGAGCAGAGAGAGGUUAUUUAUCAAUACACCAUUCCUGUGGUUCUGCAAUGGGCUUGAAGCUGCUUGGGCCCUCUCUUUUCAGACCAGGAUGUGGUUUUCAGGUGACUGUUGAAAGCCAAGUAAAGCUGCUCUGCUCUUCUCACUGGGUAAAGUGAUGUUGCUUGGUGCCCCUGGGCUUCAGCUCAAUUUUCCAGGUUGUCAGUGGCCAAGUCCUGCUCUAUUACACACAGUAUUCCUGUGCUCUCUUCCUGUCAAUCCCUGCAAUAGUAUUUUUGCACUUUUUCCUAUGGCUGUUUCACUAGGUUCUGCCUAUAUCAUUGCCUUCUUGGUGCCCGCUGUUGCUAGUUGCCCCCCUUCCUAUGUCCUGUUGUUCUAGUUAUAGUACACUGUUGGUAUAAUGUACAAGUUUUUCUGCUCAUGUGGCCUUGAAAAGUAGGCCAGCCCCAGAAGCUGAUGAGCUGAAAAUGGAACUGGGUAAUCAGGUGAGCUAGAAGGGAUGUGUGGAGGGAGUUGGGCAGAGGGGAGAUACGGGUUUUGAAGUCAAUGAACAAUUCAUUGCGGAGGCAUUGGGGCCAUAGCAUUUGAGAAUUUGAAAUGUUUCAGUGUUUUCUGUCACUGGCUGCCAGAAUCUCAGAUGUUUCUGUGCAAGUCAAUAUAAAACACUGCUGUGCUGUUGGAACUGUAAAAGGCUUUCAACAGGGGCUAGGCUUUUUAAGGCUGAAGGCCAAGCAAACCACCCCCUGCAGGGGCUUCAGGCAGUGUUGAUGCCAGGAAUAUAGGAGGUGCUUAUUAGUUUCUAGUGGGUUGCUUUUCAGGAGUUUCAAGUCAACAACUUCUCUUUAGUAAAAUGGGUAGAAUAAGUAAACCUCAUGGGCCCUAGGUAGAAAAGUUGGCCCUAGGGUGUGGUCCAACUCUGUGGGAAAUGAAUCCGUGCUUUUACAUACAGAGUUUUAAAUAGAGUUAAGAACUCUGGGGAGAGGCAAGGAGACAGGUUAGCUUUGGUAUCUCUCUGUUAGAAUGAUUUCUCAAAAUGAAGAUCUAGUACCUUUCUUGACCCUAGAUAAAAGUCUUUAAUAGCUUUCCAUGCAUCACAUGGCAUUUCUUAAAUCCAUCAUGCAAUUUAGGGCAUCUUCUGCACUGGUGUUGGCUAACACCUCCACUUUCGUGCAGGCCUCUGUUCCUCACACAUGCUGCCCGCCGGCUGUGCAGCCUGUCAUAGUUUUCUGAACAUUUCCUGCUCCUUCACACCGCUGAACCUUUAGCACCUGCUCUUCCCUCUGGGAGGUCCAGCUCCCACUUUUUGCCUUGUUAGCUCCUCAAAUUUCCAGACUUCCUCAACGUUACCUUUGGGAAUCCUUUCCCUAUGUCUUCUGCUUCCAUGUCCCUAUUUCCUAUCCUUCUUGUGGUUGUGACCUCAUGGCUGUAAAACUGUGAAGUUCUUUGUUCCCUCCAGUCACUGUGAGCUCUUUGAAGCUGGGGAAUGUGGCUUGUUGCAGUGUUUAAGAAUCAGGUUUGGAUCCCUGCUCUACUACUCAUGGAGGUAUGUGACGGUUGGAAACUGACCUAUCCUUUCUCUGCCUCAGUGUCCUCAUCUGUUAGUGAAUUAUUAUCUCAUAGACCAAGUAAAGGAGAGCCGACUUAGGAAGUGCUUAGCAUGUUAUCCUGCUCCAAAUAAGAGCUCUUGUGAGUGGUAGCUGUGUCCUGGUCGCCUAGCCCAGCCCCCAGGAAUGUGAAGGUAUUCAGAGAUAUUCAGAUUAAUGAACUGUUUCAGCCACCAUGACAUAAGAUCUGUGUGCUUUGGUGUGUUUUGUAUUGUGAAAAGUCUGAGUAAAAAGAAGACCCGACUAUGCCCACCUUCUUUUUCUGUCUGUUCCCUAAAGUUCCUCUGUAUUAUUCUGCUUGCAGGCCUCUAGGUUCUGUUUGAUGUUUGUCUUGAACUCUUAAGUGUUGUCUGAUAACCAGCCCCAAUUCCCUUCCUAGUCCAACGAGGUACUCAGAAUCAGAACUGCUCUGAUGAGACUUUGACCCUUUCUAAGGAUGGAGGCUGAUAUUCAUAUCAGUCUUUAAGUCUGGGCUUCACGAGGUCAGAAAUGAAGGGAGGGCUUCCUUGUUGGACUUAGACCUGUGUUAGCCAUUAGCCACAUGGGGUUUUUGAGCAUUCGAAGUGCGGCUAGUCCAAAUCAAGAUGUUCUGUAAAUGUAAAAUACUCACUGGAUUUUGAAGAUUUAGUACUAAAAAAAGAAUGGAAACUCAGUAAUUUUUACAUUGAUUGCAUGUUGAAAGGAUAAUAUUUUGGACAUAUUGGGUUAAAUAAAAUCUAUUAAAAUUGA